GCCGGCGAGGAGGCGGCGGCGGCGGCCGAGGGGGGCGGCCUGCUGCUGGAGAUCGUGGGCUCCCCGCUCAACCUGAGCCUGCUGGGCCUCUGCCUCUUCCUGCUCUACCAGAUCCUGCGGGGCGAGCGGCCCGCGGCGCCGGCGGGCGAGGCGGACCCGCCGCCGCUGCCUAAGAUGAAGCGCCGCGACUUCACGCUGGCGCAGCUGCGGCCCUACGACGGGGUGCGCGACCCCCGCAUCCUCAUGGCCAUCAACGGCAAAGUCUUCGACGUGAGCCGCGCCAGGAAGUUCUACGGGCCCGAGGGCCCGUAUGGGAUUUUUGCUGGAAGAGAUGCAUCCCGAGGUCUUGCCACUUUCUGCCUGGAUAAGGAGGCUCUGAGGGAUGACUAUGAUGACCUGUCUGAUCUCAAUGCUACACAGCAAGAGGCCUUGAGGGACUGGGAGUCACAAUUCACUUUUAAAUAUCACCAUGUUGGUAAGCUGCUGAAAGAAGGGGAGGAACCCACUGUAUACUCUGAUGAAGAAGAAAAAGAUGCCCAGGAUGCAAACAAAGACUAGAGAGUGCAGUGAGGACCAAUCUAUUUUUGAAUCGUAGAGGAUCAUUUGUAACAUUCCACUUCUGUUUUACAAGUUGCAACAGCAGCAAUGCUUACAAAAGGUCCAGAGUUACAGUGAAUUGUUUCUUUUCAAAGGUUUCUUUUUCAAAGGUUUCUUUUUCAAAUUCAGUGGUAAACUACUAAAGGUCUAAGAUUUGUCUUCCUUUAAACCUGCUUAAUCUGAAGUAUGCACGAAAAAUGUCUGUGCAAAAGUAAACUGCAAUUUUGGCAAUAAAGGACUAUUACUGUUUUUCUUCUAUCACCAUUUAGUGCAGAGUAGGUUGAAAUCACGUUUUUUCAUUAACAACCUAGCACUGUGGACACAAGCACAAGAGUUAACUUCACAUAUGCAACACAAAUUCCACUAAAUCCUGUUUUGUGUUAGCUUCUGCAGGAUCUGGGCCUUGGGUUGUAAUUCUUUUAGAAAAGGGACUAUAUUUAAUUUGUCCAUGAAGCAUCGUACUCAUUUGUGGUGCAAUGUAAUUCAAUAUUAUGUAAGAUAAUUUGGCUUUUAAGGAGUUACAUAGCAACUUACAGAUGAAACACUAACUGCUUUAAAAAAAGGUAAGACUUUUUGAGAGGUUAAAUCACUUUUAGAUACUUAGGAAGUUAAUAAGGACUGAUGAAUACUUGAU